AUGAAUAAGUGUGCGCCUUUGAUGAUUUCGUUCCGUCAGUUCUCAUUGACUCGUGGCGAAUGGUCCAAAUGCAUGCCGAAACCUGAUUAUGGACCAGUAGAGGUGCAGCGUUCAAGGCUAAUGAAUGGCGUCAAAGUUGCUGCAGCAAAGCCCUUUGGAGCUCAGAUAGGAUCUUGCACUAUUAUGUAUCAGGCGGGUUCUCGUUACGAGGAAGACGACGAAAUUGGUGCAACCCACUUUCUUCGAGCAAUCUCUGCAGCCUCCAGCCAAGGAUACUCCAGUUUUGCGAAAGCUCGUUACCUGCCGCAGCAUGGAGCCUCAAUUACCUGUACUAGUGAUAGACAAUCCAUUUCCUUCACGCUAAGAUGCCCCAUUAGCACCUUCCCAGAUUUGAAAAAUUACUUACUGGAUACUGCUGUCAGAGCUUGCUACAAGGACUGGGAAAUAGAUGAUCUGAAGCCUAUAAUCUGGGAUGACCUUCAUCGCAUCCACCCUGAACAGCGAGUCAUGGAUUUGGCGCAGCGAGCAUGUUGGGGUGGACCUUUAAGCAACUCUAUGUUUUGCGAGUAUGAGAGAAUAGACACUAUGGUUGGGGAAAACCUACUCAGUUUUGCUAAUAGGAAUAUGAGGACUAAUUGCUGCACUGUGGCUAGUGUAGGGGUGCCAUUUGAAGAAACUUUAAAAGUAGCUGAAAUGGUUGAGAGUAGACGGGACUUGCCGCCAGAAAGACCUUGUGUGCAAUCCUUUCCACGACGAGGUUAUGAAGUGUAUGACUUAGGCCCUAACAGUGCCACGUGGAUAGCUGUAGUCGUUCCUGGCUGUGGAACCACGGACAUAAGGUGCUUGACCAAGCAUGCAAUCGUAGCAGCGGCCUGCGGUACAGGCAACAUGGCAAUGAGUAAUCACAGUAUGGACAGUACUCCUCAGACUCCCCUUGGCCUUAUGUCGGGAGGAGACGUAUACACGAGUUACAAGGCUUUCAACAUUUCAUACAACGACACUGGCGUUUUUGGGAUCCUGGCGAAGACACGCCCAGUAUCGGCUUGGAACGUCGCUAUGGCAGCGUCGGAGUUUUUGGCCAACGUUGGGGACCUUAACUUUAAGCAAAUUGAAAUUGGAAAGCAAAGACUGAAACUAGGCAUAGCACUUAACGACGAAGACUGCGUUAAAUUAGGGGAAGGCGUGGCUCUCCAGCUGGCCAAUAAUGUGCAAAUGGACAAUGCCAAAGAUGCCAUGGCGUUAGUUGACUCCAUAACACCGGACGAAAUAUCAUGUGUGGCCAAAUUUCUGGCUGCCAAAAAAAAUGACAUGGCGCUGGCAGUAGUCGGUGACAUCAGCUGUGUUCCACAUGACCGUGAGUUGAUUCGCUAG